AUGUUGUCUUUGCAGAGGGUUGAAACUGCGCUGAGCUCUAAGCCAGAGUAUGACAAAACCAAAACACUGUCAGUUGCAACACGCAAGCAGAUGGUCAACAUUCUGGUUGCAGAAAUGAUAGAAACAUAUGGGAGGAUUCCACCAAUGCAUGUCAGGGCCAGUUAUGCACUUGGAAUUGUGACCCUUUUUCCAUAUCUCCAAGAUCCUUACUCAAAACAUGGAUAUGAACACUACUAUGAUCCUCAGGCCAAUACUGGCUAUCUUGCAUGGAGACUCAAGACAGUACAACGCAACACCUAUGAUGGCUUCCGCGAGUGUUCCAGGCCUGAUUUCCAGGACAGUCCGACAACCCAACGAGAAUCUCUGUUAACUGGUGAUCAGCUCCUUGGUGAGGAGUGCAGGGAGGCUGUCUCCAUAAUGAGACACUCAACGGACAAAUCUGUGGUUAAAGAGAAGAUGAGAGUCACCUUUGACUACAGACAGAAGCUGGUUCAUAACCAGGAUGCAACAGCUUCAGUGUUGGAUGUGUUCCCUCGUUUUCUUGACACAGCCGGACUGAUUGAACAGGAUUUUUCCAUGAUGUUUGGGGACCACGUAUCUGGAAGAUUUCUUGCGAGGUGGUCUUCAGAUUUCAAGCACAGAGUCAUCACAGAAAGCCAGAGUCUUCCCUCAAGUCCUUAUGUUGACGAGCUGCUGGCUGCUUCUAAUCUUGAGGUUGAGAAUGACUACGGUCUGCAUCCCAACCCCCUGCCUAACCCGUACCCUCCCCCGACAGGGCACCAACCCGGCUUCCCCGACCCGAACAGUGUCGGUAUCCCAACCCUACCCUCAACCCUAAGCCUACCUCACUCCUUAUGA